GUGGGGUUAUUGUUGGUUGUGUCAGAUGUGGUAAAUAUUGUCUGCGCCCUAACCGACUCUUGCACUACAACAACUGCAACACCUUCCAGAUGGGAAAAAUAAAAAUGAUUGGUGGUGCAUGCAGCGACUUCAAUCGGAGCUACAUCGCCAACGUGUCAGUGGUGGAAAAGAAUUCCAGGAUAUAUUUUAACACAUUCCUGCUACGAACUUUGGAUACGGGCGUCACGAUGGACUUGGGGUUCCUCAUAAGCCUUCAGAAGUCUAUGGACUACCACAGCAUCUUCCAGUACUCGCUGAACAUGUGCAGCAUACUGUCGCUGAAGAAGAUCAGCAUGUUCAAGCGAUGGUUUUCCACCUUUUUCGAGGCAGGUAACUUUCCGCGAUACUGUCCCGUGCAUCCCGAUCACUACUAUCUGCAGGACUACAACUACAACACGCUCCUUAUUCCCACUUUCCUGUAUGCGGGACAUUAUAAGGUGACAUUUAACAUGACACAGUACAAGGAUAAGCGGAAAACGAGAGACUUUGUGAUCGCCUGCGCCUUCUAUGUGGAAAUAAAGUAA